CCUUUAUUCAGAAGCACAGGCACAAUGUUCGCGCGUUUGACAUUUGACGUUUCGUUUGGCGGGAAUUAGCAUUUACAUGUUUUAAAGCACGCAAAGUACAAGGAAAUCGAUUAGACAGCCAAAGUUUAUAGUGAACUUUUUAGUAGGCCGAAGAAAAGAUAAAGUGAUGUCAGAAGAAACCAGUUGAAGAUUGUCACAGUUAUUGCCUAGGCAAUAACUUGGAUAUUUUAUUUUGCAGUAACAUAAGGUCGGCACAAUAGAAGAAUACGGCGUAUACACGAUGCUGCCGGCGCAGCAGCUCGCGCCGAUCAGCCCCUGGCCCCCUGACACCAACCUGCUGGACCGCAUGGAUGACCUGGCACACAAAGGUCACAGCGGUGUUAACCAGCUCGGCGGGGUGUUUGUAGGAGGGCGGCCGCUGCCGGACUCCACGCGGCAGAAGAUCGUGGAGCUGGCGCACUCGGGGGCCCGGCCGUGCGACAUCAGCCGGAUACUCCAGGUCUCCAACGGCUGCGUCUCCAAAAUACUCGGCAGGUAUUACGAGACAGGGUCCAUAAGGCCCCGUGCCAUCGGUGGCUCCAAGCCUCGCGUGGCGACGGCGGAGGUGGUCAGCAAGAUAGCUCAAUACAAACGCGAGUGCCCUUCUAUCUUCGCGUGGGAGAUCAGGGAUCGCCUGCUCAGCGAAGGAGUCUGCACUUCCGACAAUAUACCUAGUGUAUCGUCGAUAAACCGCGUGCUCCGUAACCUGGCUGCUCAAAAAGAGAAGUCUAACAACCAACAACCCACCUCCGACUGUUCGACGCCUGUGUACGAGCGGCUUCGACUCCUGGGCACUCCAGGGUCGGCUCCCACGUGGCCAAGGGCACCAUGGCCAGCGCAGAUAGAUACGAGAACACCACCGUACCAACUACACAGCCUGAGUCCUGGACCUCAGGCUAUAGCGUGCAAUGGAGGCGACAUGACAGCUAUGAAAAAAGGUGAGGAGCCUCUAGAUGGACUGGAAGGUCUGCACUCGGAUGAAACAGGGUCUGGUGAUAACUCCAACGCGGGGUCAAGUGGCGCGGACGAUGAUGCCGCGAGAUUGAGACUCAAACGCAAACUGCAGCGAAACCGGACCAGCUUCACCAAUGAACAGAUUGACAGUUUGGAACGAGAAUUCGAAAGAACACACUACCCGGAUGUAUUCGCUCGAGAGAGGCUCGCAGCAAAAAUUGGAUUACCCGAAGCCAGAAUACAGGUGUGGUUCUCGAAUCGGCGCGCGAAGUGGCGGCGCGAGGAGAAGAUCCGCUCGCAGCGGCGCAGCCCCGAGUGUGCGUACGCGCCGCCCGCGCCGCCCCACCCCCCGCCGCACCCGCCGCCGCCAGCGCACCCGCCGCACAACCCCCACCAGCCGUACCAGCCGCCGCUCAACGUCGACACAUACAGUCCGCUCACCCCAAUGGGAUAUGGUGGUGGUAUGGUGACAGAAGCUCCCGUAUGUGAGAGCACAGACGCUGAACUUUGUAAAGGGGGAUUUCUAAGUUACCCUCGUUACGAGCUGGGCUACAGACAGCCGCCGCAUCCCUACGUCAAUCAUCAUGGCUACCAGCAUGAACCGUCAUCCCCACCUCCAGAACUAGGCGGUCUCCUGGGUGCUGGUGUGUCAGUUCCGUUGGCUGUGCCCGGCCAAGACUCGCAGCAGUACUGGUCGCGGCUCCAGUGACCCUGGUGGAACUAGCUUGGUUCUGGAUCUUACGCACGAAUUAUAAACACGCCCAUCGUCUUUUAAUUCCGAAAUUUUGUUAAAACAAAGAGAUGUCUAGUAAAAUUGUAAAUUAAUUCUCGAUUGUCAUUCAUUUUUUUAUUACGCUAGUGUUUGUUUAAUAAAGUCGAAUGCCGCUAUUAGAAUCGGCUAGACGACCAUAUAAAGAUUUACCUACCUACAUAUUUGUUUUCUUAUUAGGUAUUUUAUUUAAACAAUUUUUUUUUUAACAUAUUAAAUACAUGCAAAAAUAGUUUAUUGCAUUCACUUUUGAGUUUAUCUAAAAAUAUACUUUAGAUAUCAAGAUUUUCACAUUUAUCCUAUAUCACAUAAAAGUCUUAUCUUCACAUACGUCACGUACAGAAGGAACCGAAUACCAUUAUCUACUUUACUCGAAUGGCUCGAAGUACUUCUAUAAUCCUUAAAGAAGUGUCAAAGUUCUCUAUAUUUCUUUGAAGCAAAAAACCUACGUUUCUGGACUUAAUUUGGUAUUCAUAUUUCGAAGGCAUAGCGUACAUCAUUCAUAUUUUUAUAAGAACAGAGUAAAGAUACAAUAUAUUACCAAUAAACUCCAUUCUGAGGACAUCAAGAGGCGAAUAAGGGAACGAAGCACAAUACAAAAUACGAAAUAAAAUCCAAUACUAAGCAACCAAUAUUAUAGUAUAACAUCAUCUUCUAAUGUGAAAUACCGGUAGCCAGAAACGUUAACGGGUGAUUAUAGUUAGACCUAUUAUUUCUAUAGAUUUUGUUAUGAAGCAAAUACUUUAAGUUCAAUUUCUAAUUAAGAAAUAAACUUUUUUCUGUAGGUAGGUACUUCUGUGGUCAAUUUAUUACAAAUGGAUGUCGUCUGAACAGUAUCUCUAUGUACUUUUAUAUACUUUUUUAUACUUAUUGUUUUAUUUACUUUUUACGAAAACAAAAAAUAUGCUAUAAUAUUCGAUGGUAAUUAGGAUUUUUCACGUCGGUUCUAACAUAGAAUAAUUCAUAAAAUAGAAACCAAAAUAAGCAAGAAUAGAACCGUCUGAUUCCACUAAAAUACAUGUACCAAAACGGUUGUCUGGUAAAAAACUUGGCAACUGUAAUCACUAUUUGUAAUACGAUAUAAUACAAUGUAAUAUAUUCAUGUAUGUUUGGUGAAAUCACGUUGUAAGUGUACCUACGGGAAAGAGAAUUUUACAUACCUUGAGUAAUGUAAUUACUGUUCAGACCAUUUUUAUGUAGCUACAACAAAAACAAAUUUAUCCGUCGCUAAUCCACUCAUAGUAUAAAGAAUUAACAUAUCCAUUAGUUGCCACAAAGGUGUAAACACAAAAUAUAGGCUCAAAUGUACGAUAUUUUAUGUAUGUAAAUUAGACUAUUUCAUUCAAAUUAAGAGUACAUUAUUUCACAACUGUCAUAUUUGUGAAAUGAUGUAAAUAUAGCACAUAUAAUUUUAAGAUAAGGUAUUGAAUGAAAUAAUUUAAUAAUAAAACAUAAGUGUUACAUUUUAUUUUGUAAUUAAUACCUAACAACGGUAUAGACUAGUUAAUUAAGGCUUAAUUUAAGAAACAGCUCUGCUAUGUAUAAAAUUGUUGUAAAUGUUUAAUAAUAAUAAAAUAAAUUCGAUCAAUUAAAAUUUUGUUGAAAACGACAAAAAAAUCUUUAACGAUGUUCAUAAAUGAUAAAUUUGCAAUCAUCGUGUGCAUAUUAUGUAUUGUACAUUAAUUUUUAUGAGAAACAGGGCUUGUUAGUGUUUAAGCGAGGUUGUAUAUAACUUUUUGAUGUAAGUACCAACCCACGUUGAUUGUGAAUCUUUGGUGUAUCCAUUAUUGUAUGAAACAGUUAGUGGCAAUAGUAGCUGAGCAUUGAGUUCUUUUAGUCACUUAGAGUAUCCAUGAACACUUAGAGUUGAUCUCGAUCUAUUGAGAUGUUACUUUCGAAUUUAUUAUUAGUUUAUAAUUGUAUAGUAUAAGUAGGUAUAUAUAAAAUUGUGAAUAAUUGUGUGAUGUCGAUAAAACAUUUUAAUAACAUUAUAUAAAUACAUUUUUGGAUCAAAACUAUGUUUUCAUUUCUGGUUAGGUACUGAAAUGCUAAAUUUUCUCACGAACACUCAAGCUGUGGAAUGAGCUCCCUGCCGAGGUUUUCCCUAGAGACUACAGUAUGGGGUUCUUCAAAAAGGGUUAAUAUACCCCUAGGUUUCUUCAUAAUUGGCAACGCGCACGUUGGUAUCGCAGGCGUCCAUAGGCUACAGUGACCGUUUACCAUCAGUCAAGUUGUAUG